CCAGCCGGCAUGUCAGAGGCUGCCUUGGCAGGGCUGAGCGCCGCGGCUAGACGCGUCCGGGCUGGGACCCACGUAAGCGGCUGUCGCCAGCGGCGCCCUGCGCCUCUCAGCCCGGCUCGGACUUGGGCCCCGUCACGGCUCCUGCACUCUCCCCGGCGCCUGCACGCGGCGUGCCAGGACAGCAUGCUGCGAGUGCUGCUCCUAGGCGUUCUGGCCCCCGCUGGCCUGGGGCUCUCGGCUUCCCCAGGGCCGCAGCCACGCGGCAGCCAGUGCGUGGAGCACGACUGCUUCGCUUUCUUCCCGGGCCCCGCGACCUUCUUCGCCGCCAGCCAGGCCUGCGAGCAACUGGGGGGCCACCUGAUGACCGUGCGCUCCUCAGUGGCGGCUGAUGUCAUUUCCCUGCUACUAAGCGGCGACAGCGGCGACAGCCCGCGCCUCUGGAUCGGCUUGCAACUCCAGCACGGCUGCGACGACCCCGGGAGACUUGGGCCCUUGCGCGGCUUCCAGUGGGUUACGGGCGAUAACCGCACCAGCUACAGCAGGUGGGCGCGGCUCCAAGUCGACGGGACGACUCUCUGCGGUCCCCUGUGCGUCGCAGUCUCCGAGGCCGGGGCCCUAGCAUCCGGCGAGCCGGCCUGGGAGGAGCAGCAGUGCGACGCGGAGGCCGACGGUUUCCUUUGCGAGUUCCACUUCUCAGCCUCCUGCAGGCCCCUGCUCGUGGACUCUGGCGCGGUGGCGGCCACCGGUGUAGCGAUCACCUACAGCACACCGUUCCGGGCCCUUGGCGCGGACUUUCAGGCGCUGCCGGUGGGUAGCUCGGCUUCUGUAGAGCCCUUCGGAGUGGAGCUGGAGUGCGCGGCGCGGCGGGGAGAGGCCGAGGCGCGCUGGGGCCGGGAAGCGCCUGGCGCUUGGGAGUGCAGCGUGGAGAACGGCGGCUGCGAGCACACUUGCAACAGGAGCGCCGGGACGUCUCACUGCCUCUGCCCAGCUGACGCCGCCCUGCAGGCCGACGGGCGCUCCUGCGCCACCGCGUCUGCGGAGCAGUCCUGCGAAGAACUCUGCGAGCAUUUCUGUGUUCCCAACCCGAACGUGCCUGGUUCCUACCUGUGCAUGUGUGAGACCGGCUACCAGCUGGCUGCAGACGAGCACCGGUGCGAGGAUGUGGACGACUGUCUGCAGGUGCCCAGUCCCUGCCCACAGCUCUGUGUUAAUACGCAGGGCGCUUUCACCUGCCACUGCUACCCGGGCUACGACAUGGUGGAAGGCGAAUGUGUGGAGCCAGUGGACCCGUGCUUAGGGAGUAACUGCGAGUACCAGUGCCAGUCCGUGGGCCAAACUGACUAUCGCUGCAUCUGCGCAGAGGGCUUCGUACCCAGCCCUCAGGACCCGCAUAGGUGCCAGAUGUUCUGCAACGAGACAACAUGCCCAGCCGACUGCGACCCCAACAACCCGGAUUCCUGCCAAUGCCCGGAUGGCUACAUCCUGGACGAUGGCCACAUCUGCACGGACAUCGAUGAGUGCGAGAAUGGAGACUGCCCCGAUGCGUGUCGCAACCUUCCUGGCACUUACGAGUGCAUCUGCGGGCCUGACUCGGUCCUUGCCGGCCAGGUUGCCACUGACUGUGACCCCACCAAGCUGAAUGGUGACAAUGAGAGUGACAGUGACAGCGGCUCUGGGGAGCCCCCGGUCAGCCCGACUCCUGGUGCCACCUCUAUCCCCUCGCCGGUAGGGCCCUUGCAUUCUGGAGUGCUCAUUGGCAUCUCCAUCGCCAGCCUGUCUCUGGUUGUAGCUCUUUUGGCGCUCUUGUGCCACCUGCGCAAGAAGCAAGGUGCCACGAGGGCAGAGCUGGAGUACAAGUGUGGGUCACCAGCCAAGGACGUGGUGCUGCAGCAAGUGCUAACCGAACAGACACCUCAGAAACUCUGAGGGGCCGCCUCCCUGGCCCCUGGCCCCAGGUGUUGACUAGGCCUUCCCCUCUCUCCGUGCCUCUCCCCUUCGCCUAGCCUCACUCCUUGGCCACUCAUCCCAAAGCACUUUAGCUGGCGUAGGAACUGGAGAAGACCCUCCCCAGACUCUUUUGCUGACUCUACACACUGCUGGGGAGGGGGAGGGGUUGGAAGGAGUAUGCACCCCAGCCACUUCCAUGUGUCAUCGGACAACUGGGCAGAGAUGGCAACUUAUUAAUGAAGACACAACUAUAGAGUGUCCCAUGCACUCGCCAAGGAACACAGGAGGGAUGAGAGUCGUUGGUUGGCAGUCUUUGGGGCAGACUGUGAUCCUGUGGACUAGUGAGUGUAAUCGAGGUGUCAAUAAUGACCAAGAUAUUUAUUUUUUAAGUAUUUAGGAUGAUUUUGUGUGUUUUUUUUUUUUUUGCUUUUGCAUUUUCCCUACUUGUAUGUCUCCAGUACCCUCUUUAUAUCCUUUCCUGUCUAACUCCGUCCCUUGUUUCCCCCUUCCCUUUUUGUAUAUUUAUAUACUUGCACUUUCCAGGUGGCAGGAAAACCAUCUUAGUGGGUUUUUGGUUGGCUCACCUUGAUGAUGCCAAGCCCCAGUUUCCUAUUCAUUUUCUCCCAAUUUCCCCUACCUGGAACUCAGCCAAUCCACCUGGAGUCUCCCACCCUAUGCUAGACCCUGCUUCUGCCCUUCCGCUUCUGCCUAGGCAAAUCUCCUCCAUGAAACAGAAACAAAAACACUACACAGAGAUUGUUGAGAAUCCAUCUGCUCUUGAACCAGAUUUGCUAAUUUAUCCUGAUACUUCAGACUUUCAGAACAAUAUCAUUUUAAUGAAAGAUGUGAGAGGCACCCAUUUAAUUAAUACUUGCUGGACUGUCAUAGAAAUUCAAGCCAAGGAGGGUUUUUUAUUUGUUUGUUUGUUUUCACAGUCUUAAACAAUGAGCCUGGGUUUUAUUGUUGCGACUUUUCAUUUGAACCAAAAGGUCUUUAUUGCUUCUUAUGUCAUUUCUUUUUCCCAUUAUAAUUGUUGUUGUUGUUGUUACCAGUUAUUUUUGACAAUGUUGAAAAUGCUCUCGUGAUAGCUCUAGAUUGAGACGCAAAUGAAGGAUCUCCCAAGAGACAGUUUAAGAAAGUUACGAGCUACACAGUUCAUGCCAGUUACCAUUUUGAGUCUUACUCUUGUAGUAAUUUGUGCUCCAAAAUAAAACCAGUUUUGCUGGUUUGCGGGGGGGGGGGGGGGUGGGAUUCGGGAGCUUGGGAAUGGAGCAUAGAGGAUGCUCAAUUAGGACCUUAUCUUGAUCAGGCCCUUUAUAUGAAUUUCUCCAACUUCCAAGAAGCCUUCUCACCCUGGCCACUUAGAACAUGGUCACUGGACAAGAAGAGGGAGUUGUCUGCCCCUGGUAGCUGGUUAGAAAUGCAGAAACUUGGACUGCAUGAGAAUCUAUAUUUUAACAAGAUCUGCAGGGGUCUGCCCAGUAUAGCUUGAGAAGAACUGUUUUAGACAGCUUCCAACUUUCUGGAAUAGAUUAAAUAUGGGUCAGUAAUAAGUAGCGGGCCAAGUCAGGGCCUAUGUACUCAAGAAACUGAGGAAUUUUCCAUUUAUAGCUUUGCUUUCUGGUAGAAAAGACAAGGUACACACCUUUAGAUUGCUACACAGGGUUGUUCGUUCAACUAAGCUAGGAACAAAAUUGUGUUUCACUGUAUGGAGAAAAUGUAUCAUAUGAGCGUAUCUUUUGUAAUGCAAAGGUUUUCCUCUGUUUUGUAAACUCGGCACAUUUGUACAUAGUUAUUUAUUUAUUGGAGACAAACUAGAACACAGGCAAAACUCUUGCUUAUGACAUCACAUGUAGAAAAUAAACAAAUAACAGUGUA